ACUAAAAAUGGUUCCAGGAGCGAAACAUAAUGCAGUAAAAUAGAGACCUGCUAGAAAGUCCUGCAAUACAUAUAUAAGUGCCGAAAUAGUUGAAACCAAAUACAAGACAGAAAUAAUUAUGCAAUGUCAUUAUUUUGGCUUUGGGUAUUCCUUUCGAUGCUACUUGUGAGCAAAAUAUCCGGGCAAUUGCAAUUAAAUAAUACCAAAAAUGAUUCCAAUAUGACAGCAUCUAUUCAUAGUACCAAUCACAAUCGGACAACAACUACCAAAAAUAAAAUAUUUGCUGGAAAUGUUGCUAAAAAUACUGAAACUACAUCGGAUCCCAAUGUUGACUUAUCGAUUAUCCGGAAAAAAUCUGAAGGAUAUACUACUGAAAAGCAAACAAUGCAUCAAGAUAAAAAUAGCUCCUAUAGUGCAUCACAUAAUGUUCAAAUAUUCAAUAAUAUAAGUGCAUCCACGAACAAUACGCUUCAAAACGUUCAAAAACUUUUAUCGAAUCACUCGCAACAGACAGUUGCUUCUAUAUCCCUGAAUUCUACAAGAAUUGGAAAAUCGGAAAAUGCAAAACGCUUGACACACCAUCAUAUAUUAGCAAGAAAGGCACAACCUGAAAUAAAAUAUGAGAAGCACAAACUUCUAAAAGCUCAACCGAAGUAUACUAACACGAAAAUAUUGGAAAAUUCUAGAAAAUCAAUUCUAGCAUCUGUUACGCUCACAAAAGAGGAAACAUCGACGAUUCCUCUAGAUAUUAUUUUUACUCGAACAAGCGGUCCGGUAAUAGAAAACUCAAACCGAGAUAAUGGUCAGCUCAAAUAUUCUACGGAAACUCAAAUUGAAAUAAAUGGCUAUAACAAUUUUAAAUAUAAAUUCAGGAAAAGAUCAAAUGAUUUUUCUUAUAAUAAUAGUGGCAGUGGCUUGGUAUCGGAUACUGGAGAGUUAUUUGAAACGGGCAGUGGUGUCAAUGCUCCAUUGUGGCCCGUAAAGCGUGCGGCGGUCGUGGAGGGCGACUUAGUUUUGGGGGGAUUGAUGAUGGUGCAUUCCAGAGAAGACUCGGUGACGUGCGGACCAGUUAUGCCUCAGGGUGGAGUUCAGGCUUUGGAGGCAAUGCUGUACACUUUGGAUCGGGUAAAUUCUGACCCAGAACUUUUGCCAAAUAUUACAAUAGGUGCGCAUAUCCUGGACGAUUGUGAUAAGGAUACAUAUGGAUUGGAGAUGGCUGUGGAUUUCAUAAAAGGUUCUAUUAGUAACAUAGAUGGUGCAGAGUAUCAUUGCAACAGAACCCAAAUUCGAAAGGUGAUUUCUGGAGUUGUUGGAGCAGCGUCUUCAGUUACCAGCAUACAAGUUGCAAACUUAUUAAGAUUAUUUAGAAUACCACAAGUGUCAUUUUUUUCGACAAGUCCCGAGCUCAGCAACAAACAAAGAUUUGAAUACUUCUCACGUACGAUCCCUUCCGAUCAUUACCAGGUCAAGGCAAUGGUGGAAAUUGUCAAAGUUAUGAACUGGAGUUACGUUUCCAUCAUAUAUGAGGAAUCCAACUACGGAAUAAAGGCUUUCGAAGAGCUAGAAGAUCUUUUAUCCAGAAAUAAUAUAUGCAUUGCCGUCAAAGAAAAAUUAGUGAAAGACUCUGGAGUCGCCGAAGAAAUAGCUUAUGAUAAUAUUAUACAAAAAAUGUUAACAAAGCCAAGAGCUAGAGGUGUCAUAGUAUUUGGAUCUGACCAGGAAGUGGCAGGUGUAAUGCGCGCAGUAAGGCGAUGCAAUGCCACUGGUUUCUUUUCUUGGAUUGGAUCAGAUGGAUGGUCUGCAAGAACUUUAGUAUCUGAUGGUAAUGAAAGGGAGGUUGAAGGAACGUUGUCUGUUCAACCUGAAGCUAACCUGGUGAAAGGAUUUGAGGAAUAUUUUCUUGGUUUAACGGUGGAGAAUAAUCAGAGAAAUCCUUGGUUUGUCGAAUUUUGGGAAGACCAUUUCCACUGCAAAUACCCGAAUUCUUCAAUAACUCCUUACAAUCAGAACUAUACUCAACAAUGUACAACUAAAGAAAAACUAACUCGAAACAAUACAGCUUUUGAAGAUCAGUUGCAAUUCGUAAGUGAUGCUGUUAUGGCUUUUGCUUAUGCAAUAAGAGAUAUGCAUGCUGACUUGUGUGACGGAGUACCAGGUUUAUGUGAUGCUAUGAAACCCACCAAAGGAAUGGAACUCUUGAAAUAUCUUCGAAAAGUUGAAUUUCAAGGACUAACUGGAGAUAAAUUUCGUUUUGAUUCAAAUGGAGAUGGCCCUGCAAGAUAUAGCAUAAUACACUUCAAACAAACUUCUAAAGGAAAAUAUAACUGGAUGAAAGUUGGAGAAUAUUAUGAGGGGCAAUUGCGACUUAAUGAAUCAGAAGUGCAGUUUAAACUAAAUCAGCCAAAACCACCAGAAUCAGUAUGCAGCCUACCAUGUGAAAUUGGUCAGGCAAAAAAAUACGUUGAAGGUGAAAGCUGCUGCUGGCAUUGUUUUAAUUGCACACAAUAUCAGAUUCGUCAUCCUUUCGAUGAAACGCGUUGCGAGUCCUGUCCUUUGGGUACGUUACCAGAUAUGGAACGUGUAACUUGCCAGCAAUUGCCUGAAGUCUUUCUUAGACCAGAGUCUGGAUGGGCAAUCGGGGCAAUGUCGCUCAGUUCAGCAGGAAUUGUAAUUACGGCAUUUGUUGUAAGCGCUUUUAUCCGGCAUCAUGACACACCAGUUGUCCGGGCUUCGGGAAGAGAAUUGAGCUACGUUCUUCUGGCUGGUAUACUAAUGUGUUACUCUGUGACUUUUGCAUUAGUUCUUAGACCAAACGAUAUUGUCUGUGGAAUCCAAAGAUUUGGUGCUGGAUUUUGUUUUACUGUGGUUUAUGCAGCAUUGUUAACAAAAACUAACAGAAUAGCAAGAAUUUUCAAAGCUGGAAAGCAUUCUGCAAAACGGCCUAGUUUUAUUAGUCCAAGAUCCCAAAUGAUUAUUUGUUCGGGAUUAAUAAGUGUGCAGAUUUUAAUAAACGGAGUGUGGAUGAUAAUUUCUCCAGCUCGAGCCAUGCAUUAUUAUCCAACGAGAGAAGACAAUUUGCUAGUUUGCGAUAGUUACAUUGAUGCUUCAUACAUGAUAGCAUUUAGUUAUCCAAUAGUACUAAUAGUUGUUUGUACAGUUUAUGCAGUUCUUACCAGGAAAAUUCCAGAAGCGUUUAAUGAAUCCAAAUACAUAGGUUUCACUAUGUACACAACAUGUAUAAUAUGGUUGGCGUUUGUACCAUUAUAUUUUGGAGUAGGAAACCAUGUGCCCCUAAGAAUCACGAGCAUGUCAGUUACCAUAUCAUUAUCUGCAAGUGUCACGGUUGCUUGUUUAUUUUCUCCAAAGUUGUAUAUAAUUCUAAUACAUCCCGAGAGAAAUGUUCGUCAAUCUAUGAUGCCAUCACGCAGCGUUCUCAAAUCUACGAAUGCGACGCACGGUUCGGGAAGUGCUGUUGCUACUGUAGCCUCACAUGGAUUGAGAACAGCUGGUGGAAUUAGUGGCGACAGAGAAAAGAUCGCAAUUCGUGCAGAGGAUAAUGAUGCACGUAAAGAAUUAUAUAAAUUGACGGAUAGUUCUACUCAAACAACGUUUCUAACUAGCAGCACAGAAAACUCACCAACAAAACAAAUUAAUCGCAAAUCCUGUAAUAAAAAAGAACUUAUUUUAAAUCCAGAAAACUUACAGGAUAGCACAUGUCUUGUAAAUAACAAUAAAUCCUCUCACGAAAAACAAGGCACAAACAAUGGCGGAAUUUUAAUACAGGAGCUUCCAUUAUAGCAAAAAGAUUUGGAAAAAUCAGUAGAUACUGAAAAUAGUUCUGAAAAUAGCGCCAAUGGUAAUGGAAAGACAAAAAGAGUUGCUAUAGUUGUUUAGAUAAAUUAUUUGUGAUCUCGGUGCGAUAGAACAUUCAUUGCAAAAUGUUUUAAUCAAAUUUUACCAAAGGUAAGGAGAAGGAGAUUUUAAUUAUCAAAUAUCAUUUUAACAGGUAAAUCAUGAAAGACAACAAUUAUAUUAAUAUAAGCAUAAACCACUACAUAGAACAUAAAGUUUUUCAUUUUUAUUUUAAUUUUCAUCAUGAUUCUUAUAGGAAACAAUUUUUUUUCCCCACUUCUGCUCCAGUAAGUUUGACUAAUCUAGUAUCAAUUUAUU